AUGGGAAUGGAAUUUGAGUUGCCGCAAUCGCGUGCUAUUCCGAUUCCAGCAGAAAAUGUACGGAUACUCGAAUCUCCAUCGGACUUUUACCAAUUUCUUCUGGAGCGAUCGCGUUUGGCUAAAAGAAGAAUAACGUUGAGCACUCUUUAUCUUGGACAUGGAUCCUUGGAGCAAGCACUGGUUGAUGCUAUUAACACGAACCUGAACCAAAAUAAAGAACUCCAAGUCUCAAUCUUGUUGGAUUGUUUGCGCGGAACACGUGAUGAACGAAAAGGGAAAAGUAGCACAGCGCUUCUGAAAGGAAUAGCUGAUAGAGCUUCGGUAUAUCUCUUCCACACACCUAAGCUUGCUGGACUCGUGAAACGAUUGCUUCCUGAAAGGACAAAUGAAAUUGUUGGUCUUCAACACAUGAAGCUUUACAUUUUCGACGACACUGUUCUCGUGAGUGGAGCUAAUCUGUCCGACUCCUAUUUCGUUGACCGACAGGACAGAUAUGUGGCAUUUGAAGACAACAAGGAGCUGGCUGAU